UAUACAAGUUAAAAGUGCCGCUUAAAGUUGUGGGACAUUUGGUACAAUGAACUUAAUACCUUUAGAGAACACAAUAAAACGAAUCAAAAACCGUUUAAGCAGCCAUCUAAUUGACCUGAACUACAACGCCACGAAAAAAUAAAUUACGUUUUCCGCGGAUUCGGACGUAGGGACUAGCGGUUAAAUCCAGUACUAUUUUUGGAUUGUUUAUAUCUGCAGCUGAUAAACUUUAUUACAAGUAAAUAUUGUGACUGAAGUGUUUCUGACUGUGUUCGGCAAGUUUAACGUCUCCAGAGUGAUAUUCGCCGCUUCCAACCCCAAAGAGUUCAAAUUUGAAUUUGACAAGAUGCAACAAGGUGUUCCACCAAUCGUCGCAACCGUUUUGUGCAGAAUGAAGUAUUCGCGAUAGCAUUACAUUGGAAUUAAAACUAGUGAGAUAGUGAUGGCUUGCUUGGAAUGUAUCCGAAGGAGAACCAGUAAAUGCACUAAUGGGGUCUAACGAGUCAACCAUGGAGUCAUCAUUCCCCACGAUGCAAGACGGGAACCAAGCAGUACUAAAUGCAACAGCACAAUCGCUGGCCGAGAAACCCAACUUUGUUGAAUCUGUUAAUGUUAUUGUUGAAAAGCCUUCUAGUACAAACCAGAAAGACUUAAACGACUGUAACGAGGCGCGUGAUAAUUCUAAAGACAAUGGGGAGCCAAAAUCAAACGAAGAAGUAAUAGAUAAUACUGAGGACAGGAUAGAAACCGAUUCACUUAAUCUAAAAAACGAGGAGGAAAGCCUAAACGAUGGCGAAGAUUCGGCCACGGAGAGUUUACCUCCCGCAGAGGAACUGACGGAAGAACCCCACGAUAGAUCCGACGGUUCCGACUCCGGACUGGGGUCAGAGCUGUGCGAGGAAAGGCCGCAGGAAAACGCCGCGAACAUAGAAAGUGACAGCGAAUCGUCAUUUUUGUACAGGAUAAACGACGAAGCAAUGCCCAGUAACCACUUCGAAGAUUUUCCUAGUCAAAAAUCUCACACGGACUAUGAGCUUCCGUCUACGAGCUCACAGGAAUCUUUAAAAGAUAAUGAGCUGGAAGCGAGCGCUAAAGAAAUAGCGAAGGACAUCGGAGACAUCCUGAACGCAGCACAAUCAAAAAAGCCUAUCAAAAGUAGUUUAAAACGAAAAAUUUCUACCGACAAUGACGCGGACGAGCCUAAAGUAAAAAGGAGACGUGGUAUAACCUUCGACAGCGUAACAGUUUUCUAUUUCCCCAGAGCGCAGGGUUUCACGUGCGUUCCCUCCCAAGGAGGAUCCACGCUGGGCAUGGGCUCGCGCCACUCACAUGUUAAAAAAUUCUCCCUCAUCGAACACGCAGUAGAACAGCGCAGGAUUCAUCGCCAACUGUUGCAACAGCUGCGAUCGGAGAGAAACACAACAGGAGGAACGGUGGGCUCUUCCAGCGACGAAAGCGACAGCGAGGACGAACCCAGCGACGCUUCCGAAUCCGAAAUGGACGUGGAUAAUUACUACUUUCUGCAACCUGUUCCCACGCGGCAGCGCAGAGCGCUGCUAAGGGCAGCAGGUAUUCGCAAGAUAGACUCUCUAGAGAAAGACGAAUGUCGAGACAUUCGCUCGUCCAGAGAAUUCUGUGGCUGUGGAUGUAAAGGUUACUGUGAUCCAGAUACUUGUUCGUGUAGUCAAGCGGGCAUCAAAUGCCAAGUCGACCGACUGAACUUUCCCUGCGGCUGCUCACGCGAUAAUUGCGGCAACUCGAGCGGUCGCAUAGAAUUCAAUCCGGUCCGAGUUCGAACGCACUUCAUCCACACCCUGAUGAGACUGGAACUGGAGAAGAAACAGGAGAAGGAGGAGGAGAUGAAGCAUGACAAAAAAGACACGGCCACCUGGAUGAACAAUGAGAGACUUAACGCGACCUACCAGAACAAAGAGGACCACCCAGACGCAACUUCGAAUAGUAAACUAGGUGUAAAUAAGUACAACAGCAAUCUGCUAAGGGACAUUAGUUUAAACGCACACGUGGAGGUGGAGAACUGCGUGCACAACGGCAGCUUUACCAACCUGCACUACGGAGCUCCCGGAGAAGGUCCGGGGCCUCUUCUCUCCCACAGUCCGCCCGGAUUCUCCAACUUGCCAGACCGAGGAGACUCCCUGGAUCUAUACACUUUCCGCGAGAAUUGCUACGGAGACGAGACAGUGCGGGACGGUUCCGCGGUGGAAAGAAAGCAGCAGCAGCCCUUCCCGCCCACACAGGGGUUCCACUUCCCCGACCCCAGAUUCUCUGAUGUCGGUUUCCCGGCCGGUGGCGCGCCCUACCCCGCGCCGUCCAAUCAAUACACGCAGCCGUACCAGACCAAUUUCGCCGACUUCUCCCCCGUCUUUAACCCUUACGGAGGGCUGUAUGCGCCCGAAUUCGGCUCGAAGGCUUUAGAAGGGGGUUUCCAGCAGCCUAGCGCCGGCUACGAGCACUUUUCCAACGAUAAUUUCGCGACUACCGGCGUGGAGGCCAAGGAGAACCAAUACACCAACCUCAACCCUAUCGGGGCCAAUAAUAAGAUCGAGUCCUUUUCUGAGCUGUUGAACGGGCGCUAUAAUUAUUCAGGGUACGAAGAGACCAACGCUUUUUCCGGAUUGGAUCCGGCCGUGGAGUCCGCCAAUAACUCCGGUGAGAGGAUAGAGAAAGUCAAUGCGAAUUCGACCAACAGCAGCAACUCGACCAGUUCCGAGGACUGCGAUGAGAAUUUCGGCGAGAUUAUUAAGAAAUCCAUAGUAGAAACUGUUUCAGCAUAAUUUUAAUAUAUAAAGUACUAUAAAAAAAUAAUAUUAUUACGUUCCAUAUUAUUACUAUUAUUAUUAUAAAAU